UAUAGCACCGUUACUGCUUGUGCUUUUGAAGCUGAACAGACAUGCAGAAGUUUUGCCAUGUUGAAUCUUCUUCUUCUGCUGUGUCUCGUCUAUCACAGCGUUACAGGAAACACCACUGUACAUGUGACAGGAAUAAAGGGAGGACGCGUGACCCUGUCAUGUGACUUUGAGGACAGAGAGAUUUCAGAUAUCAGUUUAAACAGUUUGUCAGAAAUCAUCCCUGUGUGUCAGGAGAAAAACUGUAGUGGUCGAGUGUUUAAAGAAGGAUCAUGUGACGUCAUCAUCAAGGAUCUGAUCUUCAGUGAUGCUGGGAAAUACUUUCUGAAUAUCUAUUACUAUAAUGAUCAGAGAGAAGUGAGGCGACGAAUCCUGGAGUAUCAUCUUCAUAUUCAUGGUGAGAUUUCUGUGGAAACAGGAGAGCAGCUGAAGAUGGAUGUUCUGAUGAUCAAUGCUGAUAAAGUGGAGAAAAACUCCAGUGGAGAGUGGACAGAGGUGUGGACGAGAGGUCACGGGGUCAGCAGUGAUCGACUGACCGACAGAGAUGGAAAUCUGACCAUUAGUAAUUUUACAGUCUCUGACACUGGAACAUACAGAGUUCUGGACUCUGAAGGAGAAAUCUGGAUCACAGUCACAGUCACAGAAUCAAAUCUGAAGAACACAGAUGAAGAUGAAACUGACUCUGAACAUCACACUGUAGGUUAUUGGAUUGUGGCAGUUGUUCUGACUGUGAUUCUGAUUCUGAUUGUGGCUGCUGUGGUGUUUCACAAACAUCUGCACAGAGAUCAUGAUCAGAGUGACAAUAGAAACACUGGAGGUCUGUGAAGAUCUCAGUCGAGGGUCUGGAGAACAUGAUCAAACUCUACAGGGUUCAGGACACACAGUGACAUCACUGGAUAAUACUGGGAUUCACUACAUGACUCGUAAAAUCUGAACAUAUUUUAACACAGUAUUGAUCAUCACACACAUUCUGACUUUGUAAAUAGUUACAGAUUUAAACAUGUUAUCUUACAGUAAAUGACUGAUGAUCACACUAUCAUUCUGAACACAACAAACUCACACAGAAACAUGUGCCUUCAGAGCAGCAGAUCUACAGAGGAAUCUGAUCAUAUUUCUGCAAUAUAUUAUUAAUAUUCAGUAUGAACAUCUGGACUGUAUCUCAGGAAUCUGUUUGAAACUUGAAACCUUGAGGUUACAAGUCUGACUGUCUAACCAUUAGGCACAACUGUGAGAAUGAAUAACUGUCAAAGACAGUGUGGAUGUAUGUGAAUAUUUUGUACAAUUUUCUAUUUAAAUAUUUAUGUUUCUUUUAUCUGUUGAAUCAGUUCUUUGUACAUCUGCAAGUCAUAUAUUUUGAAAAACUAAAGCACUUUUGUAA